GUGUCGUUGACGGUGCAUAGGCCUCAGUAUCGCGAUGACGCGUCAUUCAGCGUACUGCUAGCCGUUUGGGGGCAGUUCAUCGACCACGACAUCACAGCCACAGCUCUCAGCAAACGGUCCACGGACGGAGCCCCCAUCUCGUGCUGCUACGCAGUGCUGUCUGGCGGCCAACAGAAGCACCCCGAGUGCUUCCCGGUGCUGCUGGGGCCCGAGGACCCGUUCUUCCAGCAAUACAACACCUCCUGCAUGGAGUUCGUGCGCUCCGCCCCCGCGCCCGCCUGCCGCUUCGGCCCGCGCGAGCAGCUGAACCAGGCGACGAGCUUCCUGGACGGGUCGGUGGUGUACGGGACGAGCGCCGCGGCGGCGGACGCCCUGCGCGAGAAGAGUGGCGGCCGCCUGCGCAUGCGCCUCUCGGCCGACAACCGAGAGCUGCUGCCCGUCUCCAUGGACCCCAACGACGGCUGCAACCGCGCGGAGGAGGCUGCCAAGGGCCGCUACUGCUUCGUCACA